AUGGCCGAAAACGAAACGGCUUGCGGACAUCUUGGAAUGCAGCAUCAACUCGUGCAGGACUGUUCUGGUACUACGCCUCCCGGCCACCAAGGCCGCAUGCCCUUGACGCCGCCGGGCACUGCAGAACUACCCAGGCGAGCCGCACAAGCGCCCUGUGCAAACGCGUUGAUUCGCCUACUUGACACAAUCAACGCUCAAAGACAGACCGACGAGCCCGCGAGCUGGGUUGAAGUUACAGUUGAACGAGAUUUAUAUCUAUCACAUCAAGAAAGAAUCGAGCGAUCAUUCAGGCGAACUGAUUACGACCCAAACCGCAGUCUGCUUAAUCUUCGGAUGCCUUCGCCUGUGCACGAGUUCUUCGCGAACAUCCUAGCUCUUAAUUUACAAAUUCAACUUCAUAGAAUAGCCACCCAAGACAACGACACGGGUACUUUUGCCUCUAGAAUUCGAAUUGGAGGCUCGGCCACUAUUCAACUUGCUGAGGGUGAUUCUGAAUUAUUCCAAACUAUUCAGCGUCAACCAGACGCACAAUUUCGCCACGCAAAUACCCAGUACCCAGGCGUUGUAAUAGAGGUGUCCUACUCCCAAGAUGGUAAAAACCUAAGGAAGCUUGCCCAGGAUUACAUCCUUUAUUCAAAUGGAGAUAUUAAAGCUGUUAUUGGCAUUAAUAUCAACUACACAGGGAAAGAGUCUACUGUGUCACCUUGGCGCCCGAAAUAUACACGCAUUAAAAAUAGCGAUAGCGAUAUUGAAGAACUAGAAUGUCAAGAGGUCAUUUCAUACGAGACGUUUCGAUCCGUUGAUGGAUACGCACAUAAUGGGGAAAAACACCUCAAGCUCACACUCGGCGACUUUGCUACUGAUGCAUUGUCUACUUCACACAGUUUAGUGCCGAUAUCUAUCUCUUACCGCAGGCUCUUUGAUAUAGUCCAGGAAGCCGAGGAGAUGGAGCCAACCAAGGUGGCUAAUGUAGCUGACAGUGUAGUCAAAUCAAGAAGAGUAACAAGGAAACGGAGAUUGUCAUUUAGCUCCGCAGAACAGCUAUGCUCAGAAGUCCAAGCAAAAUACGCCGAGUCGGAGGAGGUUGUAAUAUCUCGAGCUGAACGAGAUGACGAGGACUAUGAAGAGCAGUCGACUAAGCGGCCGACUGAGCGGUCGACUAAGCGGAGGGGAUAG